AUGCUCCAAUUCACCAAAGUAUUAAUCCCCUUCCUCAUCCGUACUUUCAUUCCAAUCACACCUUUUUAUACAAACUUUCUAGUUGAAAUUAAGGAAUUCACCAAUCUAGAAGUUUCAAACGUCAUUGCUCCUUUUUAUUUCUUCUCUUCCUUUCUUGCUGUUUUCUUUUGUAAAUCAAUUUUACACAGUCUUGGACUAAUUUACAGCUCUGUUCUUAUCACUGCCAUCUACUUUCUAAACAUGACAUUCUUUCUCAAUCUGAGAAAGAGAAGCUUCAUUCCUGCCUGUUUGGUAUACUUUAUCUCUGGCUUUAUCUCUACUUUUGAUGUUGUGUAUAAAUUUUAUAUAGGAGAGAUCAACGAGAAAGAAAAGAGCGUAGACGCCCAAUACUCAUACAUAGCACUGCUCAAAGCAAUAGCAGGAUCCAUAUCCUCCGUUGUUGGGCAGGAAAUAGUCAAUAGAACUGGCCAUUAUGAAAUUAAUAUUCAUAUUUCAAUCUUUACCCAGUUCGUAAGUCUUACCAUGUCUGUAUACAAUGCAAUGAAUGAAAAGGCAGUACCGCCGUUUGUUGAUGUUGAUAUGAAAGAAGCAUUUUUUAGUAUGGAUAAGAUAAUCUUCUGUGCGUUCUGUGCAGGAAGCAUCUGUGACUGUUUUAGCUUAUUUACGAAGCUGUUUGUCAAUAAUAUUUUCAGGGACAAGAAUAGCGAAGAAAAAGCAAGGAAGGAAAGCAAUAGCACCAACAGCAAUACCAAUCUCAAUGGUGGUGGUGUUGAGGGUACUGGCAACAACAAAAAUAUUUCUAAUAUAGCUAACGGAAGCAUUGAGCCAUCUGAAAGCCAGGACACAGCAACAUCUAAUAUUAAGCAGCCUGAGAGUAGUAUUAAAACUAGCAUUGGCACUAGUUCUGGUAUUGUUAAUAGUAAAAGAAGUAAAAAGACAGAAUUUGCGAAAGCUUUUAUCAACAAGUUACAGAAUAUCCUUUACACUCCAGUCACAUUGCUUUCUGUGCUUCUUAUCUCUCUCAUAACGUUCAUAUUUCCUAAAUACAAGCAGGAAGGAACUGCUCAGAAAAGAUAUUUAAAUGGGAAUGCUGAUGCUAUUUCGAAUGUACUUUGCUAUGAGCUAACCUAUCUUAUUUCCAAGUAUGGGCCCAAAGAACAUAAGGAAUUUACAUACAUAUCAUUCCUGUUACUCUCCUCAGUUUCUCUCCUUUUGAUGACAAGAACAAAGCAUAAAAUUAUGCUGUAUUUUAUGUAUUUAUGCACGGGUGUAUUUUCAAAAUCAUGCACUUCAAUAACCAAACGAUUCCUAAAGAAGGAUAGAAAGGACAACAACCUCAUCAUUUCAUGCUAUAUGUCAGAGUCUAUCUGUCAUAUUAUCAUUGAUGUAUUUUGCAGACUGUAUAAGGUCAAUUCGGUUUCCAAAGCCAGAAUUUACGGAUUUAUAGGACUUGCGAUAUUUUUAGGAAUUAUGGCAGUUAAAAGCUCAAGUUAA